AUGUCUUUGGCCUACGCCCCAACCACUCGUAACAUAGAUCACACAAAGUCCGAAGCUGAGCUUGCGAUCAACAUCAGAAAGGCGACGAGUAUCGAAGAGACAGCGCCCAAACGCAAACAUGUUCGGAGCUGUAUUGUGUACACAUGGGAUCACAAAUCAUCCACGGCAUUCUGGGCAGGCAUGAAAGUGCAGCCCAUCCUUGCCGACGAAGUACAGACUUUCAAGGCACUGAUUACUGUGCAUAAGGUGCUCCAGGAAGGCCAUCCGACGACACUACGAGAUGCAAUGGCAAAUCGAAGCUGGAUCGACAGCCUCAACAGAGGAAUGUCUGGGGAGGGUCUGCGAGGUUAUGGCCCCUUGAUCAAAGAAUACGUCAAUUUUCUCCUUGCGAAGUUGGCCUUCCAUCAACAACAUCCGGAUUUCAAUGGCACAUUUGAAUAUGAGGAAUACAUAAGCUUGAAGGGCAUCAACGACCCAAACGAGGGUUAUGAAACCAUCUCAGACCUCAUGAUGCUUCAAGACAGGAUAGAACAGUUCCAAAAACUGAUCUUCUCCCACUUUCGAAGUGGUGGCAACAACGAAUGUAGGAUAUCGGCACUGGUGCCUUUGGUCCAAGAGAGUUAUGGAAUCUACAAAUUCAUUACAAGCAUGCUGCGUGCUAUGCAUACAACGACCGGCGACGACGACGCCUUGGAACCCCUGAGAGAACGUUACGAUGCGCAGCAUUACCGCCUAGUCAAAUUCUAUUACGAAUGCUCCAAUCUGCGUUAUCUUACUAGCUUGAUAACUGUACCCAAGCUCCCACAAGAGCCUCCCAAUCUCCUUUCUGAAGAUGAAUCUGCCCCACGAUUACCCCAGCGACCGAAGCAAGAGAUCGAAAGACAAAUUACGCCUCCUCCAGCACCCAAGGUGGAAGAACCAGACGAGAUUGGAGAGUUCUGGAAGAACGAACAAGCCCGGCAGAAUAGAGAGUAUGAGGAGCAGCAAAGGGUACUAGAAGAGCGGCAGGCGCAACAGCUUUAUGCCCAACAGCAAGCUGCGCUUCAGGCACAGCGUGAUUUUGAAGAGCAACAACGACAGUUAGCUGAACAGCAAAGGCGAGACCAGGAAGCAUUGUUGGCGCAGCAAUUCCAACAGCAAACGCAGGGCCGUAUGGCGCAGUUGGAGCAGGAAAAUCUCGAUGCGCGCGCUCAGUAUGCACGGGAUCAACUUAUGUUACAGCAAUAUGAUCAGAAAAUCAAGGCCCUAGAAAAUGAGCUCACACAAUUACAGAGUAGUUACGGCCAACAGAUCGGUAGCAAGGACGAUCAAAUCCGUGCUCUACAGGAGCAGGUAAACACCUGGCGAACGAAAUACGAGGCCCUUGCAAAAUUGUAUUCACAGUUGCGUCAUGAGCAUCUUGAUUUGUUGCAGAAAUUUAAGGGCGUGCAACUCAAGGCAGCUUCAGCACAGGAAGCCAUCGAUAAAAGAGAGAAGCUUGAACGGGAAAUAAAGACGAAAAAUCUUGAGCUUGCUGAUAUGAUCCGAGAGAGAGACAGAGCUCUGCAUGAAAAAGAUCGCCUCUCCGGCGGCAAUCGUGAGGAGCUAGAGAAGCUUAAGCGGGAACUUCGCAUGGCUCUGGACCGGGCCGAUAACCUGGAGCGAAGCAAGGGCAACGAACUCUCCUCCAUGCUUUCCAAAUACAAUCGUGAGAUGGCAGAUCUUGAAGAAGCCCUCCGAAAGAAGACUCGGGCUCUUGAAGAAGUUCAUGCAAAAUAUAGCGAAGGCGGUUCUGAUGCUGAGCGCUUGUUGCGGGAGAAGGAGGAUGAGUUAGAGGUUUACAAACAAAGCUUGGACGAUACCCUAAUCAAGCUCAAUGAGUUAGAGAUGUCCCGCGGCGCAACGGACCAGGCUCUAGAUGGAGAGAUAGAUGCUAUGCUUCUCUCCAAUAUUAGCAAGAUCAACGAUAUCAUUGACUCGGUACUUCAGAGUGGAGUCCAACGUGUUGAUGAUGCUUUAUAUGAACUCGAUUCAUCUAUGCAAGCUGGAAACCAAAAUGCAACACCUUCCUAUGUCCUUUCGCAAAUCGAGAAGGCCUCUUCUAGUGCCACCGAAUUCGCAACAGCUUUCAAUAACUUCAUCGCCGAUGGUCCCAAUAGCAGUCAUGCUGAGAUCAUCCGGACGAUCAACGUCUUCUCGAGCUCUAUUGCAGAUGUUCUCAGCAAUACCAAGGGUCUGACAAGACUUGCUACAGAUGACAAGAAGGCAGAUCAGCUUAUCAGUGGUGCACGACAUUCAGCACAAUCGACUGUCAAGUUCUUCCGUGGCUUACAAAGCUUCCGCCUCGAUGGGAUGGAUCCGAUGCAGAAGACAGAUGUCGUUAUCAACAGCAUGAAUGAAGUACAGAUGAACCUUCAGAAGCUCAACAAACUUGUAGAUUCUUUCGCGCCAAACAGUGGCAAAUUGGUCAACAACAAGGGUGAUUUGGGAGACCUUGUGGACAGUGAGUUGAACAAGGCUGCCGACGCAAUCAGUGCUGCUGCCGCACGACUUGCAAAGCUGAAGUCGAAACCAAAGGAUGGAUAUUCAACCUAUGAACUGCGCAUACACGACUCAAUCCUCGAUGCUGCUGUGGCUGUAACAAAUGCUAUUGCUAAGCUGAUUAAAGCGGCAACAGUGACCCAGCAGGAGAUCGUCCAGGCUGGUCGUGGCUCUUUUUCCAAAACUGAUUUCUACAAAAAGAAUAACCGGUGGACCGAAGGGCUAAUCUCAGCCGCCAAGGCGGUGGCUUCCUCCACAAAUACCCUGAUUGAGACUGCAGAUGGUGUUCUCUCUGGUCGCAACAGCCCAGAGCAACUUAUUGUUGCGUCCAACGAUGUUGCGGCGUCCACAGCACAGCUUGUCGCGGCCAGCAGAGUUAAGGCAGGCUUCAUGAGUAAGAGCCAGGAGUCAUUGGAACAGGCCAGCAAGGCAGUGGGCGCAGCAUGCAGAGCGCUUGUCAGACAGGUUCAGAGUAUGAUCAAGGAUCGCGAUCAGGAGGAAGAAAAAGUAGACUAUGCCAAAUUGGGUGCACAUGAGUUCAAAGUCAGGGAGAUGGAGCAACAGGUCGAGAUACUGCAAUUGGAAAAUAGUCUGGCGGCUGCGAGACAGAGGUUGGGAGAAAUGAGAAAAGUGUCAUACCAGGAAUAG